CUUCAUGUUAUGUCAAACGAUUUACAAUGGCUGCUACCCGCCUUCUUUGCCCACUGCUACUAUGACAUAUAGCUUUGUUGACGUAUUUGUUAAUAAAUUUAGUUGUUUCCUUUUAUUUUAUUAUUUUCUAGCUGUAAUUUCAUCAUCAGAUGUUCAGUAUUUGCAAUGGAGUUAAUACCAAUUUCAAUUAUAAAUCGAACGAUUCGCUGGAAGACGUCGAGUUGCGAAAUAGUCAAGCGGAUUUUGAAAAAGAAGAUAUCGCGACUGAAGCAUUCAAGGGCUUUGAAAAAACACCGAGAGUAGUCAUAACGCGAUAUGAUAUAACCCCCUAUUUGAAGAAGGACACGAAAGUUUACCCUAAAUCAAUUGCACCGCAUCUCGAUAAACUUUUGCGCGGGUGCACUGUUAAAUUGAUUCAAGAAGACUUGGAAAAGUUACGCCAAGUGCUCUGCCACGGCUCCCCGAGAUCUGACAUUUCGUUAAGUGAAGUAAACGAAGCUAUGGGCCAUUUGAAGUGUAAAAUCUGUGAAAAAGUUUAUGCCAGUGAGAAAAAGUUGCAGAACCACCAGGAAAACAAGCAUAUGAUAGUAUACAAGCCACAGAUUAAGCCACAGAAACGGGUAUCUUUCUCUGACACCAUAAUCAUACACGAAGUGAAAGAGUAUCAUAAAUGCAGAAAAUGUCCAAGGAUAUACGAAGAAUACAAAUUGCUGAAGAUGCACAUGAAAGAGCGUCAUAAAAAACGUAAAUGUUACAUAUGUAAUUACUGUAAUAAGACUUUCAUGGAUAGAAUGUUUUUCAAAAUACAUAUACGGUUGCAUUGUGAUGCAUGUGGUAUGUUGUUUCCUAAUAAAAAAAAGUAUAUAGAACACAGGCAUGUAUGCAGGAAAGUGAGCGGGGCUCGCAAACUUCAUAAAUGCAUUACUUGCAAUGAAUCAUACUUUAGAUUUAUGGAUCUAAAAGAUCAUAGUUACUAUCAUUUGAGCACGUUUUUCAUAUGCGAUAUAUGCAAAGAUCAGUUUGAGACUAAGUGUGCAGUGGCACACCAUAUAAAGUUUUUACAUUCUGAAAAGCGACCUACUUCAUUGUAUGACAUGCGGAUAUUAGGAACGGAGAGGUUGUACUUGUGUAAUUUUUGCGAGGAGAGCUCAGUUGAGCGUGACUUUAUUGAACAGCACGUCCAGGUACUACCAGACCUUACAAAUCGUGCCAUGACUGGGUAUAAAGACUACUAUUUCUGUGACCAGUGCUUAAAAAAGUUUGACACUGAAAAGGAUAUGUUACAACACAAGUGGACACAUUUUUUAAAAACAAGCGACAACUCCCAAAUUAGGGAAAAGACUUUGCGGAAAGCUCCAUUAAUUAAAACUACGUAUAAGCUAGGGGAAACAAUACCAGAUUACAUGCAGCCGCAAUUAGUUUUAGAGAAAAUUAAAGUUGGAGGAAAAAUAUUAACUGAUACCAUUGAUUACGUUGAUGUUAACAGUUUUGAUGUCGCCCACGGGGAGAUAAAGAAGCCUGUUGUGGACCCGAGGAGUAAGAAAACUAUUAUAUCCAGGCAUCAGUGUCAGGUAUGCUCAAAAUAUUACUCAUCAAGGUACUGUUUAAAUCGCCAUAUAAUCACACAGCACAACGAGUUCGAAAACCUAAGAUGCCACAUAUGUGAAGAGACCUUCGUCUGGCCGUCGCUCCUCCAGUCACACAAAUGUAUACGUCUCAACAUUCCCGAAAUGCCAUUCGACGACGCAAGACCGGAAAUACAUUUUGAUAAUUUACAAGAAAUAACUUCGAAUGGAUUCGAUGAUUUAAACAUCACUGACAGUGAUGAUUAUAUAAACUCGGUCGACUUCGAAAUACCAGAGCCGAUAGUUACUCUUAAUGAAUAUUCAACGCCAUAUAUACCAAAUCAAAAUGUGUCCCAGUUGCAAAGUUUUGGUUACAGAGUGGUCAUACAAGAAGUGCCUAUUGAGUUUUAGAGUUUUAAAAAAAAAUAUGUUGCUUGACAUCAAUUUUUCAUUGGAGAUGAAAUAAAAAUAAUAGAACAAAUCAUUAGUCAUAUAAUUGAAAAAUUGCAUACACUUUUACACUCAAGAAUAUAACGUGCUUAUUAGGGACAAUCAGAAUGUGAAAAUACAUGUGUGAAAAGUAAAGUUUUGCAAGAAACAGUAGAAGUAUUUUCGUUAUAAGUACCUCAACAUAAGAAAUGCAAUACGAAACAAUUGUGAAACUCAAAGUUAGUGAGAAAUUAAUGGAUAUAAGAUUCGUUAAUAUGUCCUCUAUAUACACGUAACUAACAAUAAGUACAGACUUAAAAAGUGUGACACUAUGUGCUGGUGGAAGUUUUAAUGUUAAAUAUUGAUUAAUAAACCCAAAAGUGACAUUAUAUAUUAUAUAGGAUAAUUUAUGGGUGUGUGUAUAUACUUCGUAUAUAUAGACAUACGUAUAUUUGUAUUUGGAGAUAAGCAUGCAUGAUAGCAAGUUAAGUUUUUCUUAACAAAUUCGUUUUUUAUUUAUACAGUUGAGUUUAUAACGCUUGUUCUUCGUGGUAAUGGUUUGUAAGUCGUGGAAUUUUAGACAAAGGAUAUUUGUCAAAAAAUUCUAAUGAAUAUUCAGUAUUUAUAAAAAUUGUUAUUUAUAGUUUAUUAAAACACUGUUGUACAUUUGUCGAGUUAUAAAUAAUAUACGUAAUAAAAAUUGAUUAAAAGUUUAGAUUAAUUGACUAAAAAAUUAUAUAUGUAUGUAUUUUCAAAUUCCAUGUUUACAUUUUUUUUUGCAUUCAUCUAAAAAGUUAUUUGAAUAUGGAUGACACAGAGGCAAAUCACUAAUUCAUAUAAGGGUACAUUGAGAUAUAAGCAAGUAAAAAUACAAUAUCUUUUUUAAUUGUUGACGCCAAUAAACAGUUCCACACCUUGCCUAUUCGAUAUGACAGUAGAAUUACGGUUCACAGUUAAAACUGCGAUUUUUACUUAAAAAGAAUUUAACAAUCGUAUCUGUCAUUUUUUUCACAAUCAAAUGUUUUUUUUUUAAAUCUGUCAGUUAGGUUUUAAUCAUUUUUACACUUGUCACUGUUUUUGACAGUUUACGGUCGCCUUAUGGUAUCAGUAUCAACAUUAAUCUGUACCUGUUACUUCGAUUAUAAAUUAGACGAAUCUAACGACUACCCUCUGUAUCGUAUAAGAAAAAAAAAUAUAUAACUAUGAAUUUAUAUUGUAUUCCUUUGUCUGUCAAAAAAAUGUUCG